CCACAUCAAAACUUAGGGUUUCGAGUUCAAAAACUUACCGGAGAAGCUCUAUUUCAAAUCAGGCAUGACCGACCAUGAGGCGUCAGCCAUGGAAGUGGAGCGCCGCCAUUGGAAACCUCAAGAAUGCAGCGGAGGAGAAAGAGAAGUAGCAGUAGAAGAGGAAGAAGAUCCAUUCCUUCAAUUCAUUGAAUACGCUAAGUCUGUUCUAUCUCCCGAUGGUAACGGUAGUGGAGAUGAUCCAAAGGGACCUAGUUGGAGAUGGAUUGCUUCAAGGAUUCUCAAGACUUGCAUUGCUUAUUCCUCUGGAGUUACCUCCGCCAUUCUCCUCUCUGAUCUCUUUCAGGCUUGGAAUGAAUUGAAUAAGAGUGGAGCUCCAAAGAAACAGUCAGAAUGUAUUUUUCAGUUGAAGAAGAAACACAAGAGGGCAAAGCUUCCUAGUACUGUCACCAUUGACUCCAUAUAUGAGAAAAAGUUUUUAUCUUUGAACAGUGUAAUUGAAGCUGUUAUUAUAGACACUUACAUCCUUCCAGGAACAAACAUUUAUAUGCUUCAUCUGGGUGAUUUUUGGAGUUCUAAUACAAUAGAUCUGUAUCUUCACCGCAGCUUAGCGGAUCAAAAGAAUGGUAUUUUGAAGAAAGGUCGUGAAGUUUUCCUCACAGGAUGCCGCCUCCGAACUGCCACUGGAGGUUCCGGUCAUGCACGUCUUUUGCCAACUGAAUAUCUUGUGAUACUGUUAGACGAGGACCAAAAUGAUGAUGCGAUGUUGCUUUUAGCACAAUUUUGUGAAGAUAACUUCUCUGCCAUUUCUCUCAGUGAUGUCAAUCGGGGGGUCUCCUAUUCAUUACGUGGAGGGAUUAAAUCUAUUACUUCUCUGGAGGUUCAAGGGAAGUAUGGUAGUUUGCAGAGGAAGCAAAUUGAUCUUGUCGACCACGAAGGUGUCAGUUCAAAAUUUCUUUUGUGGGGUGAGCAGGUUCUGCUUGCAAACCUAUUCAGUGUGGGAAGUACGCUUGCCCUGGAUAGACCAUUCAUCUCGAGUUCAACGGAUUGUGCUGUUGAAACAUCUCAAGAAUGUUGCCUUGAAUAUGGUACUGCAACACAGCUAUAUCUGGUGCCCUUUGUUCAGAAUGAGGAGCAAGUAUCCCUAGCACUGACACAGAACCAUAACAAAGGACCAAAACUAUCAAGAGCUUUGGAUCCAAGUCAGGGACUUGUAGUCUCCCAGGUUUUCUUGCCUUGUGAUUCUCAAGGUUCUAUUGACUUCAGCGAUUAUCCUUUCCGAUCAUUUGUUGUUGAUCUUCGGGAGAAGAUGACUGGAAUAAGCCUCUACGGUAUUGUUUCUGACAUCACAAGUACUCAAGAGCCAGUACUUUCUGUUAAGAUUCAAGAUGUAACUGGUGCAGUUUGGGCAAGACUACAUUUUGCUCGAUCCUGGUCACUUGGGAGACUAGGACUGGGGCACACUAUUUACAUAUCUGGUUUGAUGUGUUCUGUGGGUACAGGAAAAAGCCUAGAAUUGCGGUGGGUUGAGAAUGACGUUGGAGCUUCAUUUAUUAAUAUUAGCUGCUUACCGGCGCUGCUUAACUCAUCUUGUCUUCACAAGUUAUCCUGCCUUUCUGAUUUAUCAGCCGAGCCUACUGGUACCCGUGUAUGUAGAGUCUGGCUGGAUCAAAUUGAACAUUGUCAUGUAACUGUGAGACUAUCACAUACAUCUUGUGGUUACUUUCUUGAUGAUGGUUCCAGUGAAGACCUGAAGUGCAACUUCUGUCAACGUAAAUGCAAUGCAGAACUAGCACAGAAUUUCCAUUUAAAAAUAACUCUUGCAGAUGAGAGUGGAAAACUCUUUGCUUGGUGUACUGGUCAAACUGCUGUGGAGUUGCUGCAAAUAACUCCUGAUGAAUUCUGCGAACUACCAGAGGAAGAGCAGAUAAUGUACCCAUCAUCCCUUGAGCACGAAACAUUCAAAGUUGCAUUGGUGAGCUGCAGGAAAAAGGUUGAAGGACUUGUGGAUCAAGAUCAUGACACAAUUGCAUGGGAGAUCACCCGCGCAAUGAAGUGUGAAUAAACUUUGAACCAUUACUUGCAUCUCAAAUAUGAUAGUUGAUUGAGGUUCUGCCAGCUUCAUGGAUGAGAUUUGGGAUUUGAAAGAAAUAUAUUGCCAAAAUCUUAAGACAUACAAAAUAAACACAUGUUCUGCCUGAGGU